UAAAAAUAGAUAAUUAAAAUAAUUCUGGUGAUAUUUAAUUAUUUCUUGUCAGGUUAUUAGGUUAUUGAUUAGAUUUUUUUAUCUCAAAAAAGUAAGAAUAAAAAUCAAACAAUAAAUCAUUUUUUUAAUAUAAUUAAUUUAAACUCAUAAAAAAAAUAUCAAAAUAAAAAGAAAACAUUAAUUAAAAUGGAAGUACUUAACACUAAUUUUGAGGAUUUUACUAAAAAUUAAGUUUUUGAAUGCCAAAUCCAUAAACAAAGAUGUACCAUUUUGUAUUUAGAAGUAGAUAAUAAUUAAGAUAGCUAAGCAAGCCCUUUUAAAUGCACAAAGUGCUUAACUAAAAAUUUCUUAGAUCCUUCAAAAUGCUUAUCUCUUUAUGAUAUUUUUACAGGUGAGGAUAAUACAAUUUUAGAUAAUUGGCCUCUUUUUGGAUAAAAAAAUUACAUUUUUACAAAAGCCUAUGAAAUUGAAAAAAUAAAUUUAGAAGAAACUUUUAAUUUCUUUAAAGGUUUUAAAUCUUCGGUUAUAGAAAAGCUGGAAAAAAUUGAAGAUAAGCUCAAAAGCCAGUAUUAAAUUAUUGAAAAUAACAAAAAACUGCUUAAAGAUUACUAUAACACUGUAAGCCUUAAGAAAAACAUAUAAAAUGCUCUUUAUUAAAUAGAUUAAAACCCAGAGUAAUCCAAAAAGUAAAUAAAAGAGUAUAUUUAACAAGUUUAAGGAAAAAGAUAAACUAUUGAAGGUGAAAUAAAUUAUAUCUAUAAAACCUUAUCUUUCUAUUAAGAUUAUCUAUCUACUUAUAGUUUGAAACAGUUUACAUCAUCAAUAGAUAGUACUUUAGAUUCUAUGGAGAAAGUAGUCAAUUAUGAGAUAUUUGAUGUCUUAGAGUCUUAAGAAAACAAUAUUGUUGUAUCAAAGCAAUAAAAAGAAAAUUUUAAUAAUCAAGUAUUUUAUUGUAGUUAAGAGUAACUAUAUUCAGUUAAAUAUUAUAAUUAGAAGAAUUAAUCUUAAGAAAAUUUUAAUAUUCACUUUUAUUCUAUACAUUAAACAAAAAAUAGUUAAUCUUAUGCUCGUAUCUAAGCUAUUAAAUUUUGA